UAAUAUUAUAUAGGCAAAUACUGUAUAGAGAUGAAUGCUAUAAAGCACUUUAGACACCAUUUUUACAGAUUAAGGUAUUUAAAUUUAUCCAUAUGACUUUUUAGCAAUGAUCAGUCUACUUUGCAAAGGGCUAACAAGUUGACGGCCCAGUAUACAUCACAUGGGCCUAUAAGUUAGAUUCGGAUCUUUAACCCGACCCGACAGAGAAGAGUCCAAGCCAACGAUCGCCGAGACACCACGAAUCGAACAUCGCUUCGUCGCUGUGAAGACGAAAUAGUAUUUGCAUCUCGCAGAGUUCCACUGAAUCUCUUGUUUUCUCCGACGGUACUUGAGCUUGUGGUGGUGGAGAAGGCGAUGAUAACGAGAUCGAAACUAGCGGAACAGCUAAGAGAAUAUCAGAUUAAAUCAAAGCAUGAUUGGGCCUCCGUCUCUAUCUUCUCUUCCUCCUCCAAUUUCUCUUCUUCUUCCAGGGUGGAUGUGGUAGUCUUUGUUAUUUGGGAACUGGUGAUCUUAGCGUUCCUGGUGUUUUCAGCUGUCUCAUUGUACUUCAAGCGGUUGGAACUCGCGUUCAUCUUGCUUUGUGUCUGCUUACUAUUGUUCGUUUGUAUGAAAAUCACAAAGCAAGUGAGAAUAGCUAGGAAGAAGAAGCGGAGGAUGCUUCUUCCUCUCUCUAUGUAGUAAUGGGCCAAAGCUGAGGAUCAGCAAAUAGAUUCUUACACAACCAAACUCAACUCUACCACAUAAGUGCAUCGAUGAAGGUCAAGUUUUAAUCUCACAAUUGUCUCUGGUGGUACGCAAUGCUUCUUGUCCUUUGAAGAGUAAACCUGACCUGAUGGAUGGGUGGAAUCUCAGAGCUUUGCUUAGACAAAUCAGAGUUGAAAAGAUUGCUUCUUUUUUUUUUUUUUUGUUUUGUUCAUUGAUUAGGUCGUUUUUUAACACAAUAUAUCCUUUGUGUAGUUACUUUGCUUUGUUGUCUGUUGAAAGUUCAAAAGGAAUGGUUUGCAAGAUUUCAUGUGGAUAGGAAAAGAGAACACACUCAUGAAAAUAAACAGAGUAUUUUUUUACAA